AAUUUUGAAUAACAGGCUUAUUAAACAAGAUCGGAUUCUUAUUAAUUACAAUUUUUUGAAUAUUUAUUCUAGGUUAUAAAGUAAUGGAUUGGAAUAAUCUUCCUCAAGACCUCGUGGAUUUGAUACUAUCGAAGGUGUUUGCUAAAGACAGACAUAAUUUCAGCCUAGUGUGUCGAUCCUGGAACACAGUUGUCGCAGCUUCACCGUUUCGUCAUUCCCCGUGUUUAAUGUUCAAUCAAAGGAAGAAAAAGCAUGUCUGGAAAUUAUCUCAGAACAACAAUUUCUUCUACAUGGAAUUUCCCCAACUCCAAGGCGGAACAAUACGCUUCGCUAAUCAUGGGUGGUUGUUGAUAUCUCGAGGUGAUGACGAAACUCUUUUUUUCUACCAUCCUUUCAACCACCAUAUGAUUGAAGUGCCCUCACCUAGCGAUUCGAAUUGUGCCGGCUACACUACCAUCUGCUUCUUUCACCCACCGACUUCUCCAGACUGUUUUGUUGUCGGAAUCGUCACCCAAUUAGACCAGUGGUCCGAUACAGUGGAUAUAGGGGUUCUUAAACACGGAGAAGAUAAGUGGGAAAAUUGUACUUACCAAUCUCAAAUAUUUCAGUCGUCCAUCGGUCCUCCGAUUUUGCAUGGUGGUUUAGUGUACUUCUUGGAUACUGAUGGAGAUGUGGCAACGUUUGAUAUAAGGGAACAUGGCUCGCUAUCUUCGUGGAAAGUCUUCCCCGAUUGUCUCCCCAAGUGUCUCCCUGAGUGUCUUGAGAAACAUUGGAGUCGUAAAUGUAUUAAAGAGCAUUAUUUCAUUAAACCUAAAGGCGAGGAAACAAUCUUUGCUGUAUUUGCCGUGCACGGGGAAAGAGAGGUCAAAGUAUAUAGUCUCUCAGAGACGUUUUCAUGGGAAUUGGUUGAAGACUUAGUAUUUUACGUGAGCAACAGUUGUUCUUUCGGUUAUACAACUGAUGUGAGAAGCAAAAGCACGUUUUCAUGGGAAUUGGUUGAAGACUUAGGGGACAGAGUAUUUUACGUGAGCAACAGUUGUUCUUUCGGUUAUACAACUGAUGUGAGAAGCAAAAGCAUGAAGAACAAGAUUUUUUUCCCUAAAUUCCAUGGCGAUAAUGUUGUUUAUUACUCUCUGGAUACACAUAAGUAUCAUUCUUUCGAAGGUGGUUAUUCAUGCAACAAUCCGCAUGGUCUCAAGAAGUUGAACUUUGCAACUUGGAUUAUGCCCGGAUCAACCGAUACAGAACUUCCAAAAGAAUCACUCGAAUGGUGUCCGAAAUUAAUUAGUGAAUCUUAG